AAACUAAGGGCCCAAGACCACAAAAAGAAAGCAAGAAAAGGAAUCCUCCAUUUUAAGCAAAGCAGUUCAACGAACAGGAAGAGGAAGGGACAAAACAAGGUUGAAUUGAGCAACGGAGACAACAGAAUCCGUUUUCAGAGGUACCCACCCCUGCAACACAAACUAACAAGACUGGUGAGCAAAGCGGAGUUCAAGACUUUUUUUUUUUUUUUUUAAUUCAUUUUUUAGUCUUAUUACUUAAUUUUCAUUAGUGGGAGGGGGAUACAUGUCGUUAUAGGUAUGGGUAAAGUUAGUGUGAAACGUUUUGGAUGUUUGAAGCACUGUCAACUAAGUAAAAAGUGUAAAGCUGCUGCAUUCAUUGGAAUUGUAAAACAGUUGAGGAUGAAACCUGUAAUAGUCGUUCAUGGUGGCGCCUGGGCCAUUCCAGAUAAAAUAGCAGAAGACAGCAUAAGUGGAGUGAAAAAUGCAAUCCUGGAGGGUAUCAAAAUACUGGAGAAGGGAGGAAGUGCACUUGAUGCUGUGGAACGUGCUGUGAGGUCUAUGGAAGACAAUCCGGUAUUUGAUGCAGGACACGGAGCAGUGCUGAAUGCUAAUGGUGAAGUGGAGCUUGAUGCCGUGAUCAUGGAUGGCAAAACUCUGGCUGCUGGAGCAGUCUCCUCCAUCAGGAACAUUUCUAAUCCAGUGACAUUUGCUCGUUCAGUCAUGGAAAAGACGGACCAUGUCAUGCUGACUGACAGAGGUGCUAACCAAUAUGCUGACUGCCAGGGCAUUCCCAAGGUUGCCACAGAUGAGUUAAUUACAGAAGGUGAGAGAAAGGAGUGGGAGCAUUAUCAGAAGUAUGCACACAGUGUGAAAACACUGUUUAAUUCACAGUUGGUCCACGACACAGUGGGAGCUGUUGCGUUAGAUUGCAGUGGAAAUGUAGCCUGUGCCACCUCUACAGGAGGGAUCCGCAACAAAAUGGUCGGCCGAGUUGGAGACACUCCUAUUAUUGGUUCAGGUGGGUAUGCUGACAACAACAUUGGAGCUGUGUCUUGCACUGGCCAUGGAGAAUCUAUCAUGAAAGUUACCCUGGCAAGGCUCAUUCUCUUCCAUAUGGAACAAGGCAAAUCUCCAGAACAAGCAACAGAUGAGGCUCUCCAGUACAUGGGUAAGAGAGUGCACGGUGCAGGAGGGGCUAUUGUCGUCAGCCCUGAUGGAAAAUGGGCUGCAAGAUUCACCACUGAACGAAUGGCCUGGGCUUCUAUUAAGGAGGAUACACUGUCAUAUGGUUUGAAUCCCAAGGAGAUGUUUAAUGAAAAAACAUUUAGAAUAGCUUCAUAAACAGAAUAACAUAUGUGCAUUACUUUUGUACAGUAUCAGUAUACUCCUAACAAAUUAUAAAAAGCCUCAUGUCGGAUUGAAUUUACCAUUUGUACUUUUUAAAACUGGUUACAAUAGCAACAAUCACUAUUUUAUACAUAUGAUAACGCCAGAAGAUGUUAAUUGUGCUUUAAUUUAAAAGUGUAUUAGCUCAGAUUACAAACCUUUCUUAAAUCCAAUAGCCUGUCCACACAACCUAAACAAUAUGUCACUUAUUUAAACCAUGCGAGUGCCAUUCACAAUUACAUUUUCAACGGGUGGUGAACGUGUAUCAUGAGACAGUAUGAAUAUGAUAUUAAUAACUAGUUAGUAUUAGUUUAUAUUAGAGGUUGGCAACGUUAUGAAAAUUGUAUAUUGAUAUCUUGCACGUAAUUUGAUAUUGUUAAUAUCCAAGUCUUCCAAAACACAGACAUAUAAUAACACAAUUGCAAUAUCAAACAUGUAUUAACAGUAACUCAUAUUUACAUAUGAAAAGCAGACUUUAGCCAAUCCAGAAGUAAUUGAAUCAUCAACUGCUCUAUGUGUGUAAUUGCUGACUCACAAAGCCUCUAAAGGUGUAAGUAUGGUGUCUUGGAAAAUUUUGCAUUAUUUUGAGAUACAUUUUUAUGUUUUAAAAGUACAUCUCAUUUAUAAUAUCGAAAGUUCACAUUUUAAAAAUACAUUAAUAAUCGCGUACGUAAUGAACGCUAAACCCUGCGCAUAUCUCAAAAUAAUGCAAAUGGAUGGCCAAUUUUGCUUAAUGCAGUGUGCAAGUAAGAGCUACUUCUGUGACUAUGCAAGGGAGUUAUUAGGUUUAAAUAGAUUUGUUUAUUUAAAUUGUACCUGUCUUUAAAAAUGUGUAAUUAGUUUCAGCAUUUCUCUGUUAAACUGUUUAAUUUAGCAUAUACUGUUCAUGUGUCAUUGUAAUUACAUUAGUGCAUAGUCAGUUUAGAAAUGUACUCUCCAAACUAAUCAAAUUUUUCUGCCACGUGUUUUGUCAUAUAAUGCAACUGCAGAAAUCAUCAGCCCGGUGUUUUAGAUCCUUGAAGAAUGAGAAGCCACAUAGUUUAGAGUAGGGUGUAAAGAUCAGAGUUCCAGUUCUGUUUUUGUUAUUGUUCGUUGCAUUACAGUAAGUAUUAUGGCUAACGCUUCUAAUACAUCUAAUACCAAUAAUAUACAAUGUUGUUUUACUAAUCACAAAACUGUUUAAGCACUAAAGUGUUAUACACGAUUGAAUUUUGUUUGACGAUUUUUCAUAAUAAAUCAUGGU